AGGCUGUGCGUUGAAACUCAAACUUAGGACUCUAAUGGGCCCUGUGACCUUGCACGGAGUCCUAAGAAGAAAGUCAGGAGCAGAGGGAGUGAAUUUAAUAUUUCUUCAACGAAUAUAUCAUAAGAACAUCUAUGACACCAAUAGGAACUGUGAAGUGACCACUGAUGUGAGACAUGAUGGAUCUGAACCACUUAUAGAUGUCAUGUUUGCUGAUGGAGACCGACUGAUAAUGAAAGGAGCCAACCUGACAGCUGUAGAGAUGUUAACAGCAUUGAGCUCCAGAUGUAACGCAAAAGAGCAAAAAGCAGAACAGAAAAGCAAGAAGAAGAAUCCCUGAAGAACCAAACACGCACGUUGACAUUUACAUGUAUCUAAGGCAGCAGGCUGCAUCGAAGAYUUUUCUCCUGUGUGCUAAAAUCUGRAAGGGCAAGUUGGCCAAGUGCUGACCAGUUUAACAUGAAGCAGAAUGAACCAUUUAAAUGUUGCUGCCUCUUCUCAACAGAAAUGUGCUGGAGCAACAAAGGUUUUAACACCAGUGGGGCAAAGUGGCUUAUGGCACAAGUUCAUCUUUCUAAAGAGCUGGUCGCCUGGGUGUUGAACUAAAAUCACAUGUAUUUGCAUAUGAAUAUGAGUAAUGGACAUUAGUUAUUAUAUUAAUAAAUGUUGAAAAUCAAGGCAUCUCUUUAGACRUUAUUUCUAACAUAGUCUGUCCAGAGAAAUGCAAUAUAUGAUUAAUACUAUUAAUAAUUCUUAAAAAAAUUAAAUGCAGGUAUCUGAAGAAAACGCUAUAUUUAUCAUUGACUUUAGCUGAGGUGCAGGAAGCUGCAAAUACAACAUAGGUUUUAUAAUACCUUGCAUGUCUGCURCUAAUUGCCUACCUUUUCGUCCUCUUUUUUCCAAGAAAGUAUGAGAUAAAUAUGGUUUUUUUUUUUUUUUAGCUCAGCAAUUAAAGUGACAAGGUAAUAGGACUGUGAACACAUAGUAAACCUACUCAUCCUGCAAAAAAGUAGGAAAAUUUAUCUCAAAGGGAAGGUAAGUUAGUGUUUGUGACAGGUGGGGGGAAAGGGCUGUCUUUGAAGUUCAGUUUUGUAAUGUUUUUGUCACUCAAUUUUCAGGAAUUUCAUUAAAUAUUCCGUAAAGAUCAAAGGAAGCGCGUGACUGUGCUUAUAGAUACAAACUUACUAUUUAUUAAAACAAGUGUUGAGAAACUUGGUCUGUAUUGUAGUUUCCUGUAUGUGGGAGGACUGAUCUCUCCUCAGCUCUGCAGGUGAAGGUUCUGCUUUCAAGUUUUAGUUUCUAGAAUCAAAUGGGAUAGUCUUGAGGUGAGAGAGAUUAGUCCUACCUGUUGUUAAUCAGACAGCAGACUAUUACAGAAUUCUAGUACAUGUAUUUCCAAAGGUAAUUUUGCUGCAGAUUUAGGAUAAAAGUUGUGUUUCUAAAGAGAAAUGUAUUUUAUUUUUGCCAAGAAUGGCAAAAUGGCCACUGUCCGUUCUGAACAUCAUAGUACAUUGCAGCACUCUCAAGGCAGUCAAGGCAGGUCCCUGCUGACUUCUAAACCAGGGUGUUGAAAUCAAACUAAUGCUAUUACAUUGCAAAAGCAGAGCUGUGCUGAAGAAUUUGUGGCAUUUUAUAUUAUUUGUGUUUGGAAGAAAUAAAUGAAGAGGGUGAGGUAAGAUGAUUGGGCGGUUACACGAAUGAAUUUGGGCACAAGAACCAUAUAGUUGAUUUACUUAACCUGAGAUGGAUAGCAGCCUGUUCUCCUUGUGUUAGACCACCAGCUUUAUGGUGUGAUCAUC